UCUCAUGAGAGUAACACCAGAGUCCUCACACGAUCAGUUCCAUGCACAAUGCAGAGGAAUCUCUCCUGUUUUGCUCUCCUGACUGCUGGAUGAAGACGCACUGAUUUUGGGUAUUUUUUGGUAAUGCUCUCGGAGGAGCUGGAGGCUGGAGGAGCUCGGCACUGAGCAGCUCGCAGCUCACAGACGCGUCUUUUCUUGGACACAUCUCCGGAGACAAGGCUUCUCUCAGCCUCUUCCUGGCAUUGCCAUGUCCUCAAGAAAGACCUCGUUGACGGACAAGCAGGCUAAAAACGGGACGUCCAAAUAUGUGCUGGAGAGAUGCGCUUCUGUUAAUGAGUAUUAUGAUAUUGCGUUCAAGGUGAUGCUGCUGGGAGACUCGUCCGUGGGGAAGACGUGCCUCUUGGUGCGCUUUAAAGACGGGGCGUUUCUGGGAGGCAACUUUAUAGCCACCGUUGGAAUAGACUUUAGGAAUAAAGUGGUGGAUGUCGACAACCUGAAAGUCAAACUCCAGAUCUGGGAUACAGCUGGCCAAGAGAGAUUCCGCAGUGUAACACACGCCUACUACAGAGAUGCCCAGGCGUUACUCCUGCUUUACGAUACCACCAGCAAGAUCUCGUUUGACAAUAUCAGGGCCUGGCUGACUGAAAUACACGAGUAUGCCCAGAAGGAUGUGGUCAUCAUGUUGCUCGGCAACAAGGCAGACAUGGCUGAGAGGGCGGUGAAGACGGAGGACGGAGAGAAGCUGGCGAAGGAAUAUGGCGUACCAUUUAUGGAGACCAGUGCGAAGACGGGAGUCAACGUGGAGCUGGCCUUUCUCGCUAUAGCAAAGGAGCUGAGGCACAGAGCGACACAGCAGCAGAAUGAGCCCAAGUUCCAGAUUCACGACUACAUCGAGUCUCAGAAGCACAAGUCUGGCUGCUGUGGCCACAUGUAGCUGAUCCUGAUCACCAGGCAGUGAGAGACACAGAGAGAAAUAAAGAAAGAGAGGGAGGGAGUGGGAACGAGGUAAAAAAAAAAGUUCAGCUCUCUUACGAAAAGCCGGUCCCUGCACCAAGCCUGAGGAGCAGACGACCUCGUCUCCACCGCUUGAAUGAAAAGAGAAUCUGGAUCGGCCGCCAUCCCUUAUCUGAAAUGUGAAUUUAAAUGUCAAUGCGUAGAAAUGUUUGUGGUCUUUGUGGUGACAGUUGUUUCAAACUACGAGUCAGGAGUUGCAAUCUCAAAAUGCAAUCUCCAUGUGCAGGGACAAACAGAAAGCAUGCCCGUGAUCGCUGCAACCUAAAAGAAAUCUUGCUUUCGGAUGAAAAAUAUGGCGCCGUUGUGAUUUGUGCUGAUCUGAAGAGUGUUUUAUUUUGGGGAAGGAGGCGUCCCGGUCAGACGCAUCGCAUUAAAGGUUAACUACACCCUCAAAUCUGGCUCGAAAAUAUCUAAAUAUAACAAUUAACAGCACAAUUUUUUGUUGUGUUUACUGCCACAGAGGGGGAAUAGAUCACAAGAGACAAAGCGCAAUGAAGUCCCGCCCACACCGGAGGGUAAAACAAUUCAUCGCUCUCCAUUGAUUUCGUGUCGUAUGAAAAGUAUUCAACUUGUGUUAUAGUGGAAUGUGCGAAUCAGAAAGCCAUGCAGUAUUAUGUUUGCUAGUGCCUUAGCUAAUAACUUGCUAACACAUAGCUAACAUUAGCUCGCUAACAGCUAACUUGUCCCAUUUCAUCAUCAUUUGAGAUAUCAACUGCAACUAAAGUAAUCAUUUUACUGCUGAAAUGAUCGGCUAGCUACUUUAAUUGAGUUACCUUUCCAGCCUUUGGUUGCAUGUUGUGGCGCUGAUUGUUUCCCUCUCUGGCGGGUUUGGGUUUGACAGUAUGACUCGUUGCGCUCUGUGUCUUUACAUUUCCUCAUGGUUGGGAAGGAGCCAGAGAAUUCGGCUGAACCAAACUUCCUAAACCAAGCAGACAGAUUCAGAAAGCUCUCAAUUAUGUUUUGAAGGAAACAGAUUUUCUUUCAGGCCCAACGGUCAAAGUUUCAAACUGUUUCAAACAUGAGAUUAUUGAUUAAAACAAAACAAAAAAAGGCAUCAAAACUCCUUAGUUAGGUUUGUAAAAAUACAUAAUGGUUUGGCUCAAAACGACUAUAAUAUUGAACCAAAAUACGUCAAAAGUAAACGUAAUCCACUGCAAAAUAUAUUUAGCUGGAAACCUUUUUUAUAAUGCAGUUUCAUUGUAUGGGAAGUUACAUUUUACGAGACAGGGCAGUAACAUUUAAUGCCAACAAGAAUCUUUGUGAAUAUGCGUACAGCAAAUGAAGAAUAAUUUAAAUAUGUAGUUCAGCUGACUUAAUGUUUGUAAUUAAACUUUUAGGUUGCUGUUAAACUGAGCAUCAGUAACAUCAUUUCAUCCAAAAUGAGCUCAGCUUUGUUUUCGGUCCAGCUGCAGCAGCAAAACACUGAAAGCGAAGUUCGUCACUGAUCUCAGAACUGUCACCUUUUUCAUCCUGCAGUUUGCAGUUUUAUAUAAACCAUCAAUAGGACUGUUGGUGUGGUUUUAAACAUUUUUGCCCUGCAGCUCUUAGUUUGUCUCCAUCCCUGUUUUACCGGCUGUGAACUGAACCCCUCUUGGCCUUACAGUCUUCAUCAUCAUCAUCAUCAUCAUCAUUCUUUGAUAACUCAGCGUGUUUGAGAAGUGGACUUCAGUCUCACAGUCUGAUUGUAGCUAAAUGAUCCUGUCUGUUCACAUCUGUACUGCUGUUAGGUAGAAUAAAGCCAACUUUUUGAGGCAGCUCGCCCACUGUGUGUGUCUGUACAUUUGAUUCAGGGCCAGUGAAACUUCAUUCAGAGUACUGUACAUGUGAAUGUGCUGGAGGAUCGUCCCACUGCUGGCUUCACACAAAGAGAUAAUUAUUUUCACGCCUUUGGUUAGAGAUUCCUCAGUAUGCUAUUCUCCUUUUACCAUUCACACACACACACACACACACACACACACACACACACACACACACACACACACACACACACACACACAGAUGCAGACAGAUGCACAAACAGUGUUGUGUCUCCUUUAACGAUGGAUGUUGUCGUCUAGACUUGUCACUCAUUUCUUUGAACAAUGCUCAUUAUGAAUGUUUGAUUGUCGAACUUGCUCGAUGUCACAUUUUUCCCUCUUCUGAGGCGUUACGGUGA